UUUUUUUUAGAAUAUAAUUCAGAGAACGUUUCCUUGUUUUUCUCCUUGUACCAAGUACCAACAACGUCCAGGAGAGAGUCAGACAUAAUUUGCACGGCCAAGCUUCGAAAGGACGAGUACCCACAAAACCAAUUGGACCAGAAUGCCUACAACUGAAGUCAGAUUUUGAACAAGAGACAUCCCCUACGCUUAUCUUACGAAAAUGAUGCAGGAAUUGUCAGCCAUCGAUGACCUACCUGCGACUAAUGUGGAACUGGAACCGGAAAAGAUUGAAGAUGGGAAAGAUGGAGGUCCUUCAUUCCACUGUAAACUUUACAGCAAAGAAUUAGUCCACAAGAUAGCUCAGGUUUUCAUUCCUGGAUUAGCUACUGCAUGUGUUGAUAACACAUCUGGUGAUAUCUUCAAGACCCCUGCUUCUGUGGCCGCCGAUGUGAGAAAGGAAAUGGUGGAGUAUAUCACUCAAAGAAGUGAGAAUUUUGUUGCAGAAUCUGUUAUCCUAGAAGGGGGCCAGGAUGGACAAGUAUCUGAUCAUCCCUAUGACAUAAUUUCUGAUUUUGUUGAUGACUUUGCAAGUUCCAAGAGAAAUUUGUUUAGUCGGGUUUCGGGAUGGCUGCUGAGUGAAAAGAGAGAAGAUAAAAUAGAUGAUUUUGUUCAAGAGAUGGAAAUAAAUGGGUUUUGGUUGGUUGAUAAAAGAGAAACAAUAGCACAGAAUUUGCUAAAGAAUGUCGACCUUAAGAAUGAGCAUCACUGCAAUAUGAAAUUUCACACUCCAGAGGAGCUUGAAGCGCAUGUUCUAAAGUGUAGCUAUAGAUCUAUGAGUUGCAUACAUGAAGGAUGUAAUGUCAUAUUUUGUGCAAGUCAGGUGGAUAAACAUGACGCAGUUUGCCCCUUCAAGAUAAUUCCAUGCGAACAAAACUGCUCCGACAUGAUCAUGAGACGUGAAAUGGACAGACAUUGUAUUACCAUCUGUCCAAUGAAGCUUGUUAGUUGUCCGUUCUAUGCAGUGGGUUGUCAAUCCCCGGUACCACAUUGUAAGCUUGAGCAGCAUCGUUCAGAUGAUCUCCAUUCUCACAUGCUGUUUGUUCUACAAAGUAUUCAUAAGGAAGCAUCUAUGGAAGAUCUGAAAAGAAGGCUGGAGCAACUAAAAGACGCAUCUUCAUCCAAUAACUUAGCACAAGCUCGAGAUGUGAGAUCACUAACCUCUGCAGUCAAGGAUCUUGAAGCAAAACUGGGGCCGAUGGAAAUUAGCAGGAAACACCAUGUGGAUCUUGAAGUAGAACAUGGGCCAGAGGAAGUAGGCAGCAAAAGCAAAACUCCAGAGGAUGUGGAAUCAGGGCCAAAAGAAGUGAGUAAUAAACCUGAGGAGAACUUUGAAGUAAAACCAGCACCAAAGGAAGUUAGCCAACAAUCGGAGUAUCUUGAAGCAAAAUCAGAGUCAAGGGAAGUUAGUACUAAAUCUGUGGAGGAUCUUGAAGCUAAACCAGCACCAAAGGAACUGAGCAGCAAACCUAUAGAAGAUCUUGAACCAAAACCUGCUCCAAAGGAAGUCAGUAGUUCAAAAACUCUCAAAGAUGUUGAAGCAAGACCAGUGGGAGUGAGCAGUAAGGCCCCAACAGGACAUGAAGCUAAACCAGCACCAAAGGAACUGAGCACUAAACCUGCAGAAGAUUGUGAAGCAAAACCAUCUCCGAAAGAAGUCAGUAGUUCAAAACCCCCUGAAGAUGUUGAAGCAAGGCCAGUGGGAGUGAGCAGUAAGGCCCCAACAGAACAUGAAACUAAACCAGCACCAAAGGAACUGAGCACCAAACCUUCAGAAGAUCUUGAAGCAAAAGCAGCUCUGAAGGAAGUCGGUAGUUCAAAACCCCCCAUAGAUGUUGAAGCAAAAACAGUGGGAGUGAGCAGUAAGGCCCCAACAGGACAUGAAGAAAAAUUAGGGGCAAAAGAACUGAGCACCGAACCUGUAGAAGAUUGUGAAGCAAAAGUAGCUCCGGAGGAAGUCAGUAGUUCAAAAACCCCCAAAGAUGUUGAAGCAAAGCCAGUGGGAGUGAGCAGUAAGGCCCUAAUCGGACAUGAAGCUAAACCAGCAACAAAGGAACUGAGCACCAAACCUGCGGAAGAUCUUGAAGCAAAACCAGCUCUGAAGGAAGUCAGUACUUCAAAACCCCUCGGAGAUGUUGAAUCAAGGCCAGUGGGAGUGAGCGGUAAGGCCCCAACAGGACAUGAAGAAAAAUUAGCGACAAAGGAAGUGAGAAGUGAAUCACUAGAGGAGAUCGAAACAAAACUAGGAACAAAGGAAGUGGGAAGCAAACCACCAGAGGAACUUGAAACACAACUAGGAACAAAGGAAGUGAGCAGCGAACUUCAACAGGAACUUGAAACAAAUCUAGGAAAAAAAGGAGUGGGCAGCAAAAACCCAGAACGAUAUGAAACACAACUAGAAACAAAGGAAGUGAGCUGCAAACCCCCUGAGGAACUCAAAAAAUUAAGUGACAAAGGAAGUGAGCUGUGAAACUCCCUCUGGAGGUUGAAGCCAAAACUAUGGACAAAGGAUGUAAACCUCCCGAGGAUGUUGAAACA